AGCUUGUGCUUUGGUCAGGCGGGGUGGCGGCGGCGAGAGCGGCCGGGAAGAUGCCAGUGGCGGUGAUGGCGGACAACGCCUUCAGUUUCAGAAAGCUGUUGGAUCAGUGCGAGAACCAGGAGCUUGAGGCUCCUGGAGGAAUCGCCACGCCGCCAGUGUAUGGUCAGCUUCUCGCUUUGUAUUUGCUGCAGAACGACAUGAAUAAUGCAAGAUAUCUUUGGAAGAGGAUACCACCUGCUAUAAAGUCUGCAAAUUCUGAACUUGGGGGAAUUUGGUCAGUAGGACAGCGAAUCUGGCAAAGAGACUUCCCUGGGAUCUAUACGACCAUCAACGCACACCAGUGGUCAGAGACUGUGCAGCCAAUCAUGGAAGCCCUUAGAGAUGCAACAAGGAGGCGUGCCUUUGCCCUGGUCUCGCAAGCAUACACCUCCAUAAUCGCAGACGACUUUGCAGCCUUUGUCGGACUUCCUGUGGAAGAGGCUGUGAAAGGUGUGUUGGAACAAGGAUGGCAGGCUGACUCCACCACAAGAAUGGUUCUUCCCAGGAAGCCAGCCCCUGGAGCCCUGGAUGUUUCCUUGAACAGGUUUAUUCCCUUAUCAGAGCCUGCCCCAGUUCCGCCAAUCCCCAACGAGCAGCAGCUUGCCAGGCUCACCGAUUACGUGGCUUUCUUGGAAAACUGAUCGAUCACUCUGAGUUCAAGAUUCACCUUCAAUCCCUGUCACUGGCAAACAGACAUGGAGUUUUAUUCUGAGUUCGGAACAGGGUGAGCACCUCUGUGUCCUUUGGGUGUGAUAAAAUGCACAUAGAAGAUGAAACGCAUUGUACAGUUUUCUCCUCAGACACUUUUGAAUGUCCUUGGAGCAGUUUUCCUUUGUAUUGAUCACUUUGGUUGGAGCCAUCAGUAUUAUACAGAGUUUCUGUCAAGGACCGGACUCCGAACACAAGCUGUCCUGCUUCAAGUAGCGAGAGGGCGCUCUGGCAUACAACACACUCCUGCCUAGCACUGGCCUCUAGCUGAAGUGAUGGGGAUUUGGGGACUGCCCUGGGCGGUGCCCUACCCACAUUGUCACUCGUGCUCUGGAGAAUGUGCUCUUCUUCCCUUCCCAGAACAAGGAAUCAGUGAUGUAGAAUCAGAAAGAGCCGAUGGUGGCAGGUGUCUCCUGGGGAGGAGCUUGUCAAUGCUAUGUUUGUCUUCCCAUUGUGCAAGCAUCCAUUGCAUGAGACAGACAGUCUGCAAUGAGAACGCAACUUAGGUGCAGAUGGGAAACUCGAAGUUCUGAUGCCUCCUUUCAGAGGAAGGGAGGAGCAUGGAGUGCAGUGUGUGCUGAGGGAGCUCCUGAGCUGAGGGCCGGCCUGCAGCCCUCCUGCUGCGCAUCCUCCUGCUGCGCAUCCAGACCCCGUGUAGAAAAGCUCAGUGCAUCUCUUUUUGUUCUCCUAUGGCAGCAGCCCUUGAAGAUUUGAGUUGGUUAAUGUAUCUUCAGGUUAAAACGGCCCUGGUUCAUUUAUUCUGCAUUUGUUCAAUAAAUAUUUAAUUGAAUUCG